GGGUGCAUCCGAGCCCGUGGCAAGGCAGGCCGAGACCCCUGUCUCGGGGCAUUCAAGGGGCGUCCCCCCAUGAACUGUGCCAAGCCUUCGUACGGGGUGGCCCAGCCGCCAAGGCGCCCCAGGGCCCGGGCCGGCAGGCAGGGGCGGGGGCCAGUCUGCGUCACCGCCCGCCCGGCCCCCCGCCCCCCUGCCCGCCCAAACUCCACCCCGAGGGAAGGCGACGCGGAUAAAGGCUGGGGGCCGCCCGCUUGGCCCAGACCGGCCCGGCCAGCGCGCAUUCGGUCCCGGACGAGGGUACUCGCAGCACUUGAGACGCAGGACCGGCCGCGCCCGAUCCUCCGAGCGGCGGCGGCGGCUGUGGCUAAGGGAGGGGACGCGCGAGGAAGCGCGACCCGGGCUGCAGACAGCACCCAGCGCCACCGGCCGAGCGGCGCCCCCUCCCCAGGACCCUCCCCCGCGCCGCGCCCCGGUCGCGCCCGCCGCCCUUUAAAGGAGAAGCGAGUGCCGUCCCCACCCCCGGAAGGCACCCCCAGGAGCCGGAGCGUCCUCGGAUCGCUACUCGGAUUUUGGAUUUCGGUCUCGCCUUCCGCGGCCGGGACUUUCUCGAGGAGGACACGCGCUGCUUCGCGCCCCCGAGUGCCCGGAGGAACCGGCAUCCGGGAAGCCCACAGCCCCUGUCCCGGAGGCGCGGCGAGGAUUGGCGGCGCCCGCCGCCCCCAGGCCCCCAGCGCGCGCCGGGGAUGGAGCCGCAGCCCGGCGGCGCCCGGAGCUGCCGGCGCGGGGCCCCCGGCGGCGCCUGCGAGCUGGGCCCGGCGGCCGAGGCGGUGCCCAUGAGCCUGGCCAUCCACAGCACCACGGGCACUCGCUACGACCUGGCCGUGCCGCCCGACGAGACGGUGGAGGGGCUGCGCAAGCGGUUGUCUCAGCGCCUCAAAGUGCCCAAGGAGCGCCUGGCCCUUCUCCACAAAGACACCCGGCUCAGUUCGGGGAAGCUGCAGGAGUUCGGCGUGGGUGAUGGCAGCAAGCUGACCUUGGUACCCACCGUGGAAGCGGGCCUCAUGUCUCAGGCCUCAAGGCCGGAGCAGUCUGUGAUGCAAGCCCUCGAGAGUCUCACGGAGACGCAGCCCCCAGCGGCGCCUGGGCCGGGCCGGGCUGGCGGAGGAGGCUUCCGGAAAUACAGAUUCAUUUUAUUUAAGCGUCCGUGGCACCGACAGGGACCCCAGAGCCCAGAGAGGGGCGGCGAGAGGCCCCAGGUCAGUGACUUCCUGUCGGGCCGCUCGCCACUGACACUGGCCUUGCGUGUGGGCGACCACAUGAUGUUCGUACAGCUACAGCUCGCGGCCCAGCACGCUCCACUGCAACACCGCCAUGUGCUGGCCGCCGCCGCCGCCGCUGCCGCCGCCGCACGGGGGGACCCAAGCAUAGCCUCCCCCGUGUCCUCACCCUGCCGGCCCAUGUCCAGUGCCGCCCGAGUUCCCCCGGUGCCCACUAGUCCCUCCCCUGCGUCUCCCUCGCCCAUCACAGCUGGCUCCUUCCGGUCCCACGCAGCCUCCACCACCUGCCCAGAGCAGAUGGACUGCUCCCCCACGGCCAGCAGCAGUGCCAGUCCUGGUGCCAGCACCGCGUCUACCCCAGGGGCCAGCCCUGCCCCCCGCUCCCGAAAACCCGGCGCUGUCAUCGAGAGCUUUGUGAAUCACGCCCCGGGGGUCUUCUCAGGGACCUUCUCUGGCACGCUACACCCCAACUGCCAAGACAGCAGCGGGCGGCCACGGCGUGACAUCGGCACCAUCCUGCAGAUCCUGAAUGACCUCCUGAGCGCCACCCGGCACUACCAGGGCAUGCCCCCGUCGCUGGCCCAGCUCCGCUGCCAUGCCCAGUGCACUCCGGCUUCGCCGGCCCCCGACCUGGCCCCCAGAACUACCUCCUGCGAGAAGCUCGCGGCUGCCCCCACAGCCUCCCUGCUGCAGGGCCAGAGCCAGAUCCGCAUGUGCAAGCCUCCGGGGGACCGGCUUCGGCAGACAGAAAACCGCGCCACACGCUGCAAGGUGGAACGGCUGCAGCUGCUCCUUCAGCAGAAACGGCUGCGUAGAAAGGCCCGGCGGGACGCGCGGGGUCCGUACCACUGGUCACCCAGCCGCAAGGCCGGCCGCAGCGACAGCAGUAGCAGCGGGGGCGGUGGCAGCUCCAGCGAGGCCUCCGGCCUGGGCCUCGACUUCGAGGACUCCGUGUGGAAGCCAGAAGUCAACCCUGACAUCAAGUCAGAGUUCGUGGUGGCUUAGGAUCUUCGGAUCGGCCACCCUUGCCCCUCGAACCCCAGCCCAGGGCGGCGGGGACUCGGAGAGCCCCGGAGAGAACGUGGCCCAGCUCUGGAGGGCAGGCAGCCACUCCCCCCAGCCACAAGCCUUUCUUUUUUUCUUCUUUUUUAUUAUUUUUUUCUUUUUUUAAAAAGUUCAGACCGUGGUUUCCUGGACUCUUCAGGCUUUGCUUCCUACCUCCUUGACCCUCCACUCCUGCCCUCUUCCUUCUUCACUUCCUCCUCCUCCUCCUCCUCCUCCUCCUCCUCCUCCUCCUGUCUCCUUUCACCUCUGCGCCGGGUCAGUCCUCCCUGCCAACCUUCCCCAGCUCCAAUAUGUAGCAGUCUCUGGACAGGGGAGAGUGAAGGAGAAACCUGCCCCUCCCUUCCGCCGCCUCCUUCCCCCCCACCCCCCCCCCACCCUAUUCAGGUUUUAAGACAAAAACGUUAAAAUGUCAUUAUGCACUUUACAGAGGGGGGGAGGGGGCCACAGUGCGCAGAACCCACCCCCCCCCCAGUGCAGACUUCGGGGCCUCCACCCCAGGCCAGCAGCACCCAAUGGGCUACAGCAAGCCACAGGUCACAGAAGCCCACCAGGGGACUGUUUCUCUUCUACUCCUGUCCUUUUUUCUUGGUCUCUUUUUGCAUUUUCCUUCAUUUCUUUAAAAAGGGGAGCAAAGCUGUUUUAGCAGAGAGGCUGGGGCUGGGGUCCGCACAGGGUUUGGGUGCAGGGGUGUGGCACCCUUUCCUGCCGGGAAGGCCGAGGGGAACUCCCCCCCCAGCCCGCCCCCCACCCCGCCCCAGCCCGCCGUCUGUGCUGUUCCCUCCCCCCCCCCCCCCUCUUCUCUGACCUCCUGCCUGAGCUUGAGGUAUUUAUAGACUAUUAAUUUUCUGACUGAGCCAAUAGUGGUUGGGGAACUCUUGAAAAAGGGGAGAGAAUGGCUGGGUGCUGGGGAGUUCCCCCCUCCGAGCCCUCCUUCCUGGCCCAACCUGAGGGACGUGGAUUUGGGACUGUCUGGGGGCCCCUCCUGCAGCCAGGAUGGGAGGGGGUGCUGAGCUGUGAAUCCCCUGGGCAAGGGGCAACAACUCCGUGUAGCAUUAACCCCCGCGGCGGGGUCCGCUGCUGGUCUAAUUUGGACCCCCCCGCCCCUCAGUGCCCCUGCCGAGGGGUGUCUGGCUCCACAGGGGAGGGACAAAUCCCCUAGUGGGGCCAUUUCAAUGGGGUAGGUUUUGCAUUUUUUUCCCCACUCACUUUUUAUUUUUUAAUGAGAACGGAGAUGUCUGGGCCCUUCCCCACCCCGCCUGUUGGUCUUGUCCUGGCCCUGCCUGUCCCCACCUUUGUUCUCGUAGGUGAACCCCAGGUCCUCAACUCCCCCCUUUAUGUGUUGAAAGUUAAUGGUUUCAGAUGUGAACAUCAUGUGUUGUAACUGUAGCUCUGUACAUUUUUUGUGGGAGGGUGGGCAGGGAGGGGUCCCAGAGGGUAGAGCUCAAGGAUUUGGGGUUUUGUUUUGUUUUCGUUUUUCCAAAAAAAAAGAAAAAAAAAAUAGAAAAAAAAAAAAGGAGAAACAGGGGCGGGUUUGUUUUUUGAAGAACUGUCUUGGAUACCCUAUUUAAAUGUGUGUCUGUUUUGUUUUUUAACGAUUUUUAAAUAACGUCUGUGCCUCGGCGGGUUGAGGGUGGAACCUCCAGGCAGGAACCGGCUCGCCACCCUCUGCCCGGUAAGGGCUGCCCAAAAAAGCAUUACCCGCCCUUGGGGGGUCGGGCUGUGGGGGUCCCGGCACCUGGCGUGACUUUCAUGUAUGAAAACAUAAAAUUAAAAAAAAAAAUACCUACACGAGCACCGUGAUUUCAAGUAAUAAACAGAAAAUGAAACA